GAAUUAAACGUUCAUCCCAACAAAAGGAGAGUCGGCUGCAAAAGGAAAAGAGUCAGACAAGUCCUGCGAAUUUCAUUAGAAAGAGGGGUCAAAGCUAACUUAUUUUUGAACUGGGCCACUCCUCACUACAGAUCAAGCACGUCAGAUUUGAGAUUAAUUCUCUUCUUGCGUUCCAUUUCUUGCUCGAUCUUCGGUGGUGGCAUUUCUUUGCAGUCAAGAGAAUAAGUGAAGCUUCCAAGGAUCAUCUCGUAGUUUUCUUCCAUUUUGAAGCUUAGAUAUGGCAGAAAAGGCAUGUGUAAAGCGGCUCCAGAAGGAAUAUAGAGCACUUUGUAAAGAACCUGUCUCCCAUGUUGUGGCCCGCCCUUCUCCAAAUGAUAUUCUUGAGUGGCAUUACGUGUUGGAGGGGAGUGAAGGAACACCCUUUGCAGGUGGAUAUUAUUAUGGGAAGAUUAAGUUUCCUCCAGAAUAUCCAUUUAAACCUCCAGGAAUCAGCAUGGUUACUCCAAAUGGAAGAUUUAUGACGCAAAAGAAACUCUGUUUAUCUAUGAGUGACUUUCACCCAGAGAGUUGGAACCCUAUGUGGUCUGUGUCAAGCAUACUCACGGGACUGCUCUCAUUUAUGAUGGACAACAGUCCUACCACAGGCAGUGUAACAACAACAGUUGCUGAGAAACAGAAGCUUGCUAAGGCUUCACUUGCUUUCAAUUGUAAAAACCCAACCUUUAGAAAAUUGUUUCCAGAAUAUGUGGAGAAGUAUGAAGAGCAGCAGCUCCUGGUGCAUCCUGUUCAGGAGCAGGUGUCAACCAUGCCAACACAAGCAGAAAAUUCUACACCCUUGUUGGAUGGUCUGAAUAAAGUAGAACCCCAUAAAGACAUGAAAAACCAACAGAGGAAAUCUUGCCCAACUUGGUUAUUGCUAUUGCUAGUAUCAAUUUUUGGCGUUGUAAUGGCUCUGCCUCUACUUCAGCUUUGAUGGUGAUUGAUUUCCAUUAGGCAGGAAACAUAUUAUUGUGUUACGCUGUAGAACAAAGCAUCCAGAAAUCUGUGGUUGUGUAUUCCUUAUCUGGGUUACUACUGAUUAGUGCAAAAUGUUCUAGGUUUUUCAUAUACCUAUCAGGAAUGUAUAGGCAUGGCCCUAGUGAAGAUCAAACUGAUCUCUAAAGUCUAGCUGAUGUGUUUUCCUUUUCUAGUUUAGUAGUGUCUUGUCACGUCUAAUAUGAAAUUCUGUGUUGUAAUACGUAGUGAAGGGCACAGAGUUGCAAAUGGUGUUUGUUUUCCUUAUUUUUACCUCUA